AUGGAAGUUCCCCCUGUGCAUCCCGGACCUGCAUCUCUAGAACGACUAUUGAUACAGGCCAACCAUAGGUCUUCAUACAUAUGGGAUGGGCAGUGUUUGUCCCAGACAUUCUGCCCCAGAAGUAUAGACGAUAUGUGGGAGUUCAUUAGGGACCACCCACUACAUCCCUGUAUAGUUAGACGCCUUCAGGAUACGGGUUUCUACAGGAUCAUAGAGAUCGGUCGGUCGCAGUUCCAUUGGGCGUUGAUCACGGCUAUGAUAGAGCGGUGGCGACCAGAGACGCACACAUUUCAUCUACCCAUCGGCGAGGCUACCAUCACGCUUGAGGACGUGGAGGUUCUCUUCAGGCUACUGGUUUAUGGAUUACCUGUAGCUUACCUGCAUGCUCUUAGAGACUAUAGAGGAUUGUAUUACCUGCAUGCUCAUCGGUUUCCAGCCAGCAGAGGAGACUACAUUGAGUGGGGCCAGUCGUUUGCAUCUGGAGGCGAUGGAUGCGGAGAUUACGGAUGA